GGGCUUGGCCCGUCUCCCCAGCUCCGGGGCGGGGUUGUACUUAGCCCUCGCGCCAUUAUCGCCAGGCUGCCCUCGCCCCUCUGCCUCGCACCGCAGGGUCAGCGAGUAGCAAGUGUCACCGCCUGCUGCAGUUUGACACAACGGCACCUUUAGCCGGGGUUUCUUUGUGGUGUGAGAUGGGGGUGAAUGGAACAGAUGUCGUCAUUGUCAAAAAUGGCAGAAGAAUAUGUGGCACGGGGGGUUGCCUAGCCAAUGCACCUUUGCAUCAGAACAAGAGCUAUUUUGAGUUUAAAAUCCAAUCUACAGGGGUUUGGGGUAUUGGAGUUGCAACCCAGAAAGCAAAUUUGAAUCAAAUUCCACUUGGUCGAGAUGUGCAUAGUUUAGUGCUGAGAAAUGAUGGAGCUCUCUACCACAACAACGAGGAGAAGAACAGGCUGCCAGCAAACAGCCUUCCACAGGAGGGUGACAUUGUGGGUAUUACAUAUGACCAUGUAGAAUUAAAUGUAUAUUUAAAUGGAAAGAAUAUGCAUUGUCCAGCUUCAGGAAUCAGAGGGACUGUCUAUCCUGUAGUAUAUGUUGAUGACAGUGCCAUCUUGGAUUGUCAGUUCAGCGAAUUUUAUCACACUCCUCCAACAGGGUUUGAAAAAAUACUCUUUGAACAGCAAAUCUUCUGAACGUCUUCAUACUGAAAACUUGCACCCCUACGCUGUUACAAAGCCUUUGCCAUCUUAAAUAAAGCUUCACAUUUACCUGUAGGAAACACGUGUAUUUUUUAGUAAAGUACUUGUGACUGUUGUCUGAAGAACCAAAAUGUUAACUGCAACACCAGAAAAUUGUGUUACAAAUGGUAGAUUUUGACAACUGUUUUGUGAUGUGAAAAUCAGUGUUUUGGGGCAGUUUUUUCUGAUUUGUAUUUGAUGUAAAUGGAAACUAAAGGGUAUAAUUGCCACAGUAUUAAAUGAACUUUUGUUUUCAAUUUGAGCUUUAUAAAGGAAAUAGUUCAUAUACGUGAUAGUAUGUUUCCGUAAAGUUACAGGGGUAGAUAGUUCUCAUUGUGAUUUUUCCUAUUCCUUCCCACUCAGAAGUUAUGUACCUUAUAAAAAGAGAGCACUGUGCUAAUAGUCUGUUUGGAUUGCAGUGUUGUUGUUCUGCACAAUGACUAAUGAUACGAUUGGCAGCUAGAUUUUGUUUUUUCUUUUGAAACAUGUACCCUACCAAUUUCUAGUUGUUAAACAGCUAAUAUUCCUAUUGAGUUUAUAUAAAUCUCAUAGCUUUUCAUUUGCUUUAAGUGUGACAGAAUACUUGUUAGUAACAGUCAAAGUAUUAUUUUGUUGUAUGUAAAAAAAGCAAACCCAAACACCAGAUGUAUUUAUAAAGCUCAUUAAGCAGUGUUACUCUGGUGGCAGAAUCGGUACAGAUUGUUUAACUGUGAUAUUAAUGGCAGGGAAGGUAUGUUGGAUAUUACGAUGAAUCUUUAUGUCUAAACUGUAAAUCAGAUUAUUCUUUAUGGAAGAUUUUAUUUAAAUUUUUUUUCUGGAUCCAGUAAUAAAAUGAAUAAUGAUUAACAUGCUAUUCUGAAACGUGAUUCCGAUAACUAUAAAAGAUCAGGUGAUUCUUUUCUUGUCAUGUAUGCAGUCUGCUUUCUAGUCAUAUUUUUUUGCAAAGAAAACCUUUUUGUAUAACCUGAUGUGUUUUUAAGAACUUCUAGUACGAUUUUUUUUGGCUGUCCAUGGACUAACGCAUUUAUAUGAUGAGUGACUGCUGUGAUGCCUUUAAAUUUUUGAGGUUCUUUUAUUCUGAACUUUUCAAAUACAGUUGAUUUUCUCUGAGCCUUUCACUUCCUAAUUUUCUGUAUUUGUUUAAAGACGUCUUCUUGGCCUCAUAGGCCUAGCUUUUUCUUUACCAUGCUGCAGUCUCCCAAUGCUGAAAUUGACACAGCAGCAGAUGAUGCCAUAAUGCAGAGCUCCUAUCUUUAGCAUGAUGCUUCUUCUAUAGUAUAGUAUAAGAUUAGGAAUAUUUGGGAAGUGGGAUGAGAAUGGAGAGGGUUAAUUCUCCUCCCCGAAGCUUGCAAUAUUAGCCACUGUUGGAGGCAAGUUCCAGGCUAUGUGGAACGUUCUUUUGGGGCAUGACUAUGUCCUUGUGCCAUAUAUGAGCUGAGACAAAUCAUGAUGAUUUUGUAAUCAAAUUUGUGAACUCUUGAAAUUAGAAAUAAAUCUGGGGAGGGGAGUGUGUCCAAUUUCCCCUCUUGUUGCUUCUUGA